AGGUUCUCAAGCUUUUGGGUAGAGGCGGUUUUGCCUGCGUAUACCGAGCUAAGACCAUCAGCACUGGACAGGAAGUCGCUAUCAAAUUUGUAAGAAAAAAAAGUCUGAAAUUUUCAAUGUGCACACCAUCAUACCCUAAUUGGCAGAGUCUAUCAUAACGAUUCCUGGAUAGCAUUCUAUUUCAUCCACAAGAAGGAAUUUUUACUUUUAUUGCCAUUUAAAAAAAAAAUCUUAAUGCUUAAGCUUACAAACAUUUGGUGGUUGAUGAUCUUUGAAGGUUUGUAUGGUGGCACAGAUAAUGUGAGAGAGGUUUAUGGUUCACCAUGUGGGUUAAUCCUGGACAGGACCAUUGUAUGGCAGAUUGAUAGAGAUGAGAAUGAAAGAUUGAUAAAAAAUUAAUGCAGUCCAGUGGCAUGGUAACCAGAGUUAAGAAUGAAGUAGAAAUUCAUUGUCAGCUGAAACACCCAUCCAUCCUGGAGCUUUACAGUUAUUUUGAAGACCUAAACUAUGUGUACCUCGUCUUAGAGCUGGCCCAGAAUGGAGAGCUCUUACGAUAUCUCAAGAAAAAUGCAAGAGUUUUCAGUGAAGAGGAAGCUCGUCAGUUUCUGGAGGAGAUAGUGAUAGGUCUUCUUUAUCUUCAUUCCCAUGGGAUUCUACACAGAGAUCUAACAUUAGCAAACAUUCUACUCACCAGAGAUAUGCACUGUAAAAUAGCCGACUUUGGAUUGGCGACGCAGCUGAAGCUCCCAGAGGAGCAGCACUACACCAUGUGUGGAACACCGAACUACAUCUCGCCGGAGAUAGCCACCAGAGGGCCACAUGGUCUCCAGUCUGAUGUAUGGUCGUUAGGGUGUAUGCUUUACACCUUUUUGACCGGUAAACCUCCUUUUGAUACAGAAGCUGUCAAGAAGACACUAAAUAAGGUGAUGUUGGCUGAGUAUAUCAUGCCCACCCACAUCUCAAUGGAAGCCCAGGAUUUGAUCAGUAAGAUGUUGAGGAAGGACCCAACAGAAAGGAUCAGUUUAUCAUCCGUCUUGGAUCAUCCUUUCAUGGACAAAACCCGCUUCGAUGGAUCCAAGAACAAACCCAUCUCCAAGAGGCCAGUGGAAUCAUCUCUGGACAGUGGUCUCGCCACCAUGGCUACGACAUCCUCCUCCCACACAACCAACCGCACAUCAUCCCGAAGCAGACCUAUGAGGGCCCUCCCAUUGUCAGCCUUGACCCCGGUCAUCUCCCAGGGUGAGGGGUCAAGAGGUCAGGUCAAGGAUCAAGAACGAGAUCAUCGUCAUGGAGACAGGAUUGGGUCAAGUUGGAAUCAGUACGACAGGCAUCCCCCCUCUCCGCCAGUUAGGCAACGUGCCAAUCAUAGCGCAGCCUUGCAGUCAAGCAGUGAGCAAGGAGGAGAGAGAGAAUCCAGACCGUGGCUAUCAGGUCUAAAGCAGAAGGCAUCAAGUUCUCAGGACCUCAGGUCGACCAGCAGCGAUGGGACGCAACCUCUGACGUCCUACCACUCAGCACAGUCCAGAGACUACAACCUUACCAUGAAACCGUCGAUCAGCGAUGGAAGCAUAAAAGGGGCUGAUACGAAGACUAGAGGUGCAUAUGAAUCUCACGAGAGGAACGUGUACAGAAGCCAAGGACACCUUUACGAGGGUGAUCCUCAGUCUGCGAGAAGUGCCUCUUGGAACUCACAGGAUCACCUAGGACAGCAUGGCUCAAUUUUCAGAGAGAAGAGCAGGACAGAGAUAUCUGGACACUAUGAUAGGGUCGACGAUGCCAAACAUAGACUGUUUUCUGAAGCAGAUGUUGAUUCAGAAGGGACACAGACUGAGAUAUUAAGGACUGACCAUGCGAGAGGUGUUUGCGGGGACAAGAAACAAAGUUCCCAAUCCUCUAUAAGUGACCAUCCUAGUAUACAUGGCGUGCAUUCAUCGGCAUCGGUUGGAGGAUCAUCGGUGAAGCAGGAUGGGGCAUCGCAUAAGGACAGCAAGGCUGCAGAAAAGAGCAGCCACAAACGGAGCAAAUCAAAGUCACAUGACCUUGACAAAGGCGGCGACUGGAUGCACAGACACACACGCAAGCAUGAGAAAAGGGAAGGAGGAGGUGGUGGUAGGGGAGAGGGCGGAGCUGGUGUUCAGAGCUUAGCUCAUUUGACCCCGCCUUUGAAUGCUACGAGACUACGACCAAUCAGGCAAAGGACAAGAAAUGCAGUAGUGAGCAUCAUGCCGGGCGGAGAGGUUUGUCUUGAAUUUCUCAAGACCAAAGAUGGUCAGGACAGAGUGGUAGAGGUCUUGAGGAUAUCACAAGAUGGUAUGCAGGUUACAAUCUACCAGCCCAACGGGGGCAAAGGUUUCCCCAUCAUGGAGGACCCGCCCUCCCCGCCACAGGACAGCGGCAUCACCACUCACAGCUACCACGACCUCCCAUCCAAGUACUGGAAGAAGUACCAGUAUGCCUCCAGGUUCAUCCAGCUGGUCAGGUCCAAGACCCCUAAGGUCACUCUCUAUACAUCGGAAGCAAAGUGUAUGCUGAUGGAGAACGGCCCAACGGCAGACUUUGAGGCCUGCUUCUAUGACGGAACUAAAAUCCAUGCCACCUCGGCAGAACUGGACGUAACUGAGAGUAACGGUCAGACAAGCAAACUCCCGGCUGACCCGACCAGUGACCGGAUACCUAGCCACCUCAAACCAGUCAUCACCAGCUUCUAUACAUGGCAGCAGCAUUGUGUGGAUGUUGAAUCUGCGAUUGCUAGUCUUGAAUCCAGACAUGGCUAUGGACCUUUCUUUCCUCUUAUCCUCUCAAGGAAGCCAGUACAAGAACCUUACCAGCAAGGAGCAAAGGUACCACCAUCAACAAACAUCAGAACAUUUGCAGCAACCUCUCAAGCAACCCCUACCACUACCACCACAACCACUGGUAACAAGGUGCCACCUUCUACCAGUACCCAUCAAGGUGACCCCGCCAAGGGGUGCCCCCAGGGGUCUGUCACCUCCCCUAGCGUAGUGGCCCCACCCACGGCCUCCGUGUGUUCCUUUGAUGGUACUAUAUGCAGUGUAGCAAGGAGUGCACACGGCAAGGACAGGAUGAAGCACAGAAAAACAGCUGGAAGUUCUAAGGAGACUAAAGUCACAUCGCAAGCCUCCUCACACCCAGAAGGCAAGGAAGAAGUUCUAAAAAGUGUCUUUGUCCCAAACAUUGGAUGGGCAUCUCAGAUGAGUUCUGGUGAGGUGAGAGUUCAUUACAAUGACGGUUCUAUGAUCCUAGUUCAUGCUACUGCAUCUACCAUUAGAUACAAGGACACACAGGGCAAAACUCAAAGCUAUGGUAGAAAUGCAGUGUUACCGAGUCACAUCAGGGAGAUGCUCCUUCACAUGCCUCAGAUCAUACAGCUAUUUGUGAAUCAGAACAAACCAAAAUGACAUAAUUUCACUUAAAAUCAGCAAUUUGUGAUGAACAUUGAAAUCAAGGUGGCAUGUUUCAGCAGAGCUCGUGAUCAGCAAGUUUGUGAUGAUUUAUAUCAUGAAAUAUUCAUCCCAUUCAGUGCCCGAGAAGUACUUUAAUGAUUCGUAAAUGUAGUAUUUUGAUCAAGAGUCCAAUAAAAUAUAAACCUCAGGGCUUAAAUUUUAAUCUAAGGCCAUGGCCAGUUGAGAGGCCUUGAUGCUUUUUGUCAUCGGCCUUAGUGAAUUGUUGUGCCCUUUUCCCAUUUGAGCUAUAUCAUUAAUAUAUGCCAAGUGGAAUAGUUGCCUUUCCCUAAAAAUAUAAUUAUUUAAUGCCUGAAACAGACAUGUAAAUCCACAAAAUUCAUCCUAGAAAACACAUUUUUGUUUUAAUGUUCUCUACACCACAUCUGUUUUAGGGCAUACAUAAUCGUGUAAUCUGGUAAAUAACGGGAAUAGUGUGUGCACCUUUAGGAUGUGUAUCCAAAGUUGAAAUGGGCUUUAGUGCAAUUACAAAUUGAAAAACUUCAACCUUCAGUCCAGCUUCAUGAAACACUCCUUGACCCGUAUGCAGUAUUAACUGACAUUCCUUGUUAUCAACACAGAUUGUGUGGCUUGGUGGACAUGUUGCUGAACUUUAUCCACAAGGUCCAGGAUUCAUGCAGGGGUAAUAGUAUGCAGCUCUUGGAAACAUUGUAUUAUAUGCAGUAUAAAAAUUGCAUUUUGAAAUAUGAUGAUUAUAAUAAUAAUGGUAUAUUUACCCAGGGUAGCAACUUCAGUUCCG